GGCUGGGGUCGGGAGAUCUCAGAACAGCGCUGGGUUGGUUGUGUGGGGAUUGAGAAGGGAACGUUGUUGCUCUGGAUUCUUGCCCCCUCAAGCAUGGAGAAGUUUCACGAGAAGGUGACCUACGGUCCGGAAAGCAUGGGCGACGCGUCAAGCGCUCGGGACGAGUCGGUUUUGGCGAAGGUUGUGAACAAGGAGACCAUGGAGAAAGUUGACCCAACGCAAAAGCCACCGUACUCUUAUGUUGCUCUCAUCGCCAUGGCUAUCAAGGAGAGCCAAGAGAAGAGGCUGACUCUGAAUGGCAUCUACCAGUACAUAGUGGCCAAGUUCCCUUACUAUGAAAGAAACAAGAAGGGCUGGCAAAAUAGCAUCAGGCACAACCUUAGUCUGAACGAGUGUUUUGUAAAAGUUCCCAGAGAGGGUGGAGGAGAGAGGAAGGGGAACUAUUGGACUUUGGAUCCAGCUUUCGAAGAUAUGUUUGACAAGGGAAACUACCGGAGGAGAAGGCGGGUUAAGAGGCCGUAUAGACCAUCCUCGUCUCCCUUUCUGCCCGGAAAACACUGCGUGAAUUACUCGGACCCGUUUUAUUACCAGACUCCCAAGUACCUACAGUCUCCCUUCGGGGCAGGUUCGUGGCCGAUGGGACAAGGCGGGUCAAACGCAUCCGUAAGCUAUCGGCAGCCCUGCCAGGCGGCCAACGGCAACAUCAGCCCGGUGCAGAUUAAUGGACUCGCCUCGACCUACAGCGCAUACCCCCGCAUGCAGAGCUUGCCUCUAGUGCCGGCUGCCACCACCACCUACAACGGCAUGAACCAGCAGAUGAGCCCGGGAGCUCACCCAGCGAGCGGCGGCUAUCAGCUAUCAUGCGCCCGGCAAACCGAGAUGCCCGUUAUGCACUGUUCCUAUUGGGAAUAUGGACCAAUGGCCAGCAGAAUGGAUAUAUAACCUCCCAAGGCUGUAAAAGUACUGGCGGUGGUAAGACAUUUUCCUUCAGUGCCAAAAAAAACUUGAAUUAUUUUCCUGGUUUUCAAGCAUUGUUGCAAAUGUUGGGGGAGAAAUGUUUUCAAUGGACCCAACAUCCCAACCAAGACUAUUAUUUAAGCCGAGGCAAACACUUGAGCCUGGGUUGUAACAGAUUUUGGGACCAAAUGGAAGCCGAAAUCGUGUCCCGGACUAUUAAAACUUUGUUCUUUGAAAUUGUUACAGGGUUUAUUUGUUGUAGCAGUGCCUAAAAUGGUUGGUGUUUUCAUGUUCUUUAAUUUGCGAUUCAACGCGUUCUAUGUUUAGUAAAUCCAAAUGUUGUACAAAAAACAUUUGUUUUUUUGUUUGUUUGAAGAAAAUGAUCCAAUGUUUAAAAUAGUUAUCGAAGUUCGAACGAAUGAAGGUUUUGGACCAAUCUCAAGUGUCGUCAAGUCUGCACUUUUGUAUAUAUUUUUGUUAAAAUAAAUGUUCUCUGCGAA